AUGCCUUCCACUAUACCCGACGAUGUCGAGCGACCAUCUUCCGCUGAACUAGAAGACGGCCCUCUCGACAAACCCAAGUCCACUCAAAUUAUCGCUCAUGUCCAAACCAUUCCCACAAACCUGCGCGACUCUGCCGCUCAGAAAUUGGGGAACUUCACGCAUGCAUUCACGAGCUGGCAAGCGUUCGUUGAAUGGGUGAGGGUGGAUGAUACCGUGCUAGACGAACAUGGGCAGAUGGGGAAGAGGAAAAACCAGUGGAGCAAUGAGGUAGAUCUUGAUCCAACUCCGGCACAAAAGCGAACCUGGGCAUGGUGGAACUAUGUGACCUUCUACUGGGGCCUUUCAUUCGGCAACUGGACACUCGGGAGCAGUAUGAUCGGUAUCGGCCUCAACUGGUGGCAAUCCAUCCUCGUCAUCUUCCUCUCUCAGCUCAUCUCCUCUAUCGCGAUGUUCUUCAAUUCUCGCGCUGCCAGCGUGUACCAUAUUGGCUAUCCGUGUGUUGCAAGAAGCGUGUUCGGCAUGUGGGGAAGCUACUACUUUGUCGGGGCGAGAGCGGCGCUAGCCAUCAUCUGGUACGGAGUACAGCUAUUCUCCGGUGCCUCCCUCAUGUCAAACAUCCUCCAAGCCAUCUUUGGCUCCUCAUACACCAAUAUCCCAAACCAUAUUCCCGCCAGUGUGGGGAUAACUAGCGGGGGCAUGCUGUCUUUCUUCCUCUUCUGGCUUCUCCACCUUGGAUUCUGCGCUUUCAGGCCGUAUCAGCUGCGCCGUUUCUUCUGGUUCAAGAGCAUCGUCGUCCUCCCAGCCUGUUGGGCCCUCUUCAUCUUCUGUAUGGUGAACACCCGCGCACAACUCGAACUCAGCACCCUUUCCCAAUCCGGGGCAGGAGCAGGCGGCGCCUGGGGCUGGUUCUUCGUAUCCGCCAUUAAUUCAGGCAUGGGAAACACGGCAACUCUCAUCACGAACCAGCCUGAUAUCGCCCGCUGGAGCAGGUCAAAGAGCGGGGCGAUGUGGUCCCAGCUCCUGACGAACCCGCUCGCCGUUACCCUUUCCGCCUCCCUGGGGAUCCUCAGUACCGCAGCGAUCAACAACGUCUGGGGUUUGCAGCUAUGGAACCAAUGGGAUCUGCUCACAGCUAUCAUGGAUCGAUACUGGACGAGCGGGACGCGAUUCGCCUGUUUCCUGUGCGCGGCCACCUGGCUUCUAUCUAUCCUAGGCACGAACAUCGCAGCAAAUAUGAUCCCCUUCGGAAGCGACAGCGCAAUGCUCUUCCCGAAGUAUGUUACCAUCCCCCGUGGGCAGUUUAUCGUCGAGUUUUUGGCGUUCGCCAUCUGCCCUUGGAAAAUAUUGAAGAGUGCUGGGGUUUUUACGACGUUUUUGGCCGGCUAUGGUCUAUUUAUGGCCAGCGUUGUGGCGAUCAUGAUCUGUGAUUACUUCCUCCUAACAAACGGCAACAUCUUCAUUGGCCACCUAUACGACGGUUCUCCGCAAAAUCCGCACUAUUAUUACCACCGCGGAUGGAACCUUCAAGCGCUCUUCGCCUACAUCUGCGGCGUUGCACUCCCAUUUGCAGGCUUUGUCGGUUCAUUGGGGCCGCCCGUAUCAGCCCCGGCGCGGGAGAUGGGUCAGCUCGGCUGGCUCCUGAGCUUCGUCACGAGCUUUGUGGUGUAUUAUGUGGUUUGUAGGGUGUGGCCGACGGGAAAUCAAAGGUUUGUACGUGAGAACGGACUGGGAUGGGAGGAGAUGGGAAGAGAGGAGAUCAUUUGCGUAGAUGGGACGGUGGUGAUGGGGAAAGGGUGGGAUUACACGCAGGAGGUGAAGCACGCGUGA